AGGAAGAAAAAGGAAAACAAAAUUAAAAAAAAAAUGAUGAGGUGUGUAUGCUGUGGGAUUUGGUUGUAACGCAUUAACAGCUAAUGGUGAUUAGGAAGAUUUAAAAAAAAGAUGAAAAAAUGAAUGAUUUGAGUGAAGAAGAGAAGAGGAAAACAUAAAACUGGAAUACUUCUUCCCUCCCUUGGUUUGCGAAAUCGAGAUAGAGAGAUUAGAUGGGUGCUUCUAUAUCAUCAUCAGUUCCCGAGAAAUCCAUCCAUCAGUUCACCGUCAAGGAUAGCUCCGGCAAGGAUGCGGACCUAAGCGUUUAUCAAGGGAAAGUGCUUCUCGUCGUCAAUGUGGCUUCUAAGUGCGGACUCAUCGAAUCCAAUUACACCCAGCUCACGGAACUUUACCAGAAAUAUAAAGAUCAAGGGUUAGUGGUCUUGGCGUUUCCAUGCAACCAGUUUCUAUACCAAGAGCCUGGCACCAGCGAAGAGGCUCAUCAAUUUGCUUGUACUCGGUUUAAGGCCGAAUACCCCGUUUUCCAAAAGGUGCGUGUUAACGGGCAAAACGCAGCACCGGUCUACAAAUUCCUCAAAUCAAAGAAACCUUCUUUUCUAGGAACUAGGAUCAAAUGGAACUUCACCAAGUUCUUGGUCUCCAAAGAUGGUCAAGUCAUUGAUCGUUAUGGCCCAACUGUUUCACCUCACUCCAUCCAGUCAUUUCUGUUGGAUAUGGGCUUUGCCCCAUAUGCCAACUCGGCCCAACAAAGACUCACCAGAGAUAGAAGGAAAUGGGCCAACCUCGGAGGACAAUCUCGGGAUUUCACACAGAAAACCCUAGAGGGUUCUAACUCUACAUUCGCUUAUAAAUAGCUCGAGACAUCUAUUGGAGAAAGGACCCCGGACCCGCAGACAAUACCUACAGAGCAACACUUUGCAUCGAAAACUGCUAUUGUCUUUCGUAUAUUUCAUUUUUGUUUUCAGUUCGUCCCUUUAAGCUUGCUAGUUCGCUUGUGAACUAACAAGCUCUAUCUCGACUCGUUUUAAGUGACGAUCUCACGUUUUCCCCGAUUAAUAAAAGAACUUGCUUGC